AUGGGCGGACCGAAUCUGGAGGUGUUCAAGGUUGGUAGUGCAUGCACAUUGGCGGAGAAGAAUGCAUUGAAACUGACUGCGAACCAGUUCGGCAUGUACAUCAUGUUUCCGAUCGGCUUCAUGUACUACUUCGGCAUCAAUCUGGACGAGAGAUUUGCGGUACCAGACUUCUGGCCAAAGAAAGGACAGACUCAUGAAAUACCCUUUGAGAAGGAUGAUAUUGCAGAAGAGCUGGAGAGACUGAAGCGGAAGCGGUUGGCCGCACGAGCACGGAGGAUGGCAGCAGAGGAGCAAGGACUGAGCACAGAAGUCACGAUGCAUCAGGAUGAGGAGAGAGCACAUCCGAGACCAGAUAUACUGGAGGCGACCAAGGUGGUUUCUCAGGAUCGAAAUGGCUCGUCCCGAUCUAAGGGCUGGAUGGACUGGCUCAAACCAGGAGAUGCACGAUAG